AUUACACAUCUCCCAUGCGUACUACAGUGGCUGUCUCGGGUGUUAAUUGUUUUCACCUGUUAGUCUUGGCCUACACUCCACUAUCUAUGAACUUAUCCACUGUUUAGCUGUUGAUAAGCAUCUUCAAAAGUUUUUCUUUACUUCCCCCAACCUUUGUGUUUUGUUUCCGUUGACACAAAAGAUCAAACGCCUGGAUUCUCAAUCACAAGAUAUGGUCGAACUACGAAAGCGCAAGGCGCCAGCACAAGCCCCUACGGCAGAGCGCAAGGCCAAAAAAGUUCAAGAAUCCACGGUAUCUCGAAAGCCGGAUGUCCCCAAGGCCAUCUCCGACGAUAAGGCUCCAAAAGUUGGCGACAAACUAGACUUGGACAACUUCGGUGGUGAUAUUGAGACUGACGAAGGGCAAAAAACCACGCUGAAAGAUCUCGUCGAUGCUAGUGAAGCUGGUGUCGUGCUGUUCACGUACCCUAGAGCUUCAACCCCAGGCUGUACCAAACAAGCCUGUUUGUUCCGUGACAACUAUGACUCUAUCACGGAAAGUGGUUUAUCGGUUUACGGCCUUUCAGCGGACUCACCAAAGGCAAAUACUACGUUCAAGACGAAACAAAGGUUGCAAUACCCUCUUCUCUGCAAUCCCACCGCUACAUUGAUAGCAGCUCUUGGACUUAAAAAGUCGCCAAAAGGCACAAUUCGAGGAAUCUUUGCUAUUGAUAAAGAGGGCAAACUUCUGAUACUACAGGCCGGAGGCCCCGAUGCGACGCUUGAUGCUGCACGUAAUCUAGCUGCAGGAUUGAAGAAACCGAGCUCUGGAGACGAAACCCGUCACGCGAGUCCACCAGCUAAGGAUGACUAGUCAUUGAUAGUGGGUAAUCAGCAUAUCACUUCAAUGGGGUUGCUCCCAUUGAACGUGGUAGUUGCUGGAUUCAUAGGUUACAGACAUAUUGAGGCCUUGAGGUUUCCAAUUGCUACAGGCCUUGUCUGGCAUAAGCAUUAUAUGCAAUUCCAAAC